UUGGGGUUCAACACAUCAGCACGGAGCACCGCGAAGGAAAGGCAGGCAAAUUCAUCACACUUUUCAUUUGGAAGCCCGUGCAGAAGCAACGUAGUUUGUGUGGUUUGUGAAAAAGUUUUAUACUUCUCGUGCUAUUUUGUGUGAAUUACUGCUCCAUCGACGCUAAUAAAAAUUCAAAUCAAACCAGAAUGGAUCAAAUCGCCAAAAUCUACGAACCGGGCCGUUCCUUCGCCAAGGACUCGAUCCGAUUGAUCAAACGUUGCACCAAGCCCGACAGGCGCGAGUUCCAGAAGAUCGCAAUCGCCACGGCUAUUGGAUUCUGCAUUAUGGGAUUUAUCGGUUUCUUCGUCAAACUGAUACAUAUUCCGAUCAACAACAUCAUCGUCGGAUCGUAAGCACGACGGCGAGGCAGACCAAACGAAGUGGUGCCCCCUGCACCGCCCAGUAUCAUUAGGGGUUUGUUGAAUUUUGUGUUGUGACUGAGGAGCUACUGCAGUUAUGAACUUGUCAAUCUUUAAUCCCCAAAAUCGUCAUUCAUGUCAUGUAUAAUCAACAGCCCUUCGAUGAAUUGUCUUUAUAUAUUAAGGAAUCCAACACACUCUUUAGCUUUUAGAGGAACGUUUGAUAGUGUGGUGUUUGUGCGGAUUUGGCUGAGCGAUAAGGCUUGCUGCACGUGCAAACGAGAACAGAUGAUUUAAGUAAACAAAUUGAUUUAUCUUACGAGGAAAUAAUAUAUCUUAUUGUUUCAUAGUAAA